AUGAAGUUCAACAUCCUUGCCCUCCUCACCCUUGCGGUCGGUCUGGUCUCUGCCCAGUCCUUUAAUGACGUUCUUCCCUGCGCCAAGCCCUGCGUUCUGGAAGAGUCCCGGCGAACCAGCUGCCCUCUCACCAACCCCAAGGACUGUCUCUGCAAGAAGGCCGAUAAGUUUAGAAUUCUGGGCUGCCUCAACAAAAACUGCAGCAAGGAGGACAAGAAGAAGUCCAUUCAACAGGCCAUCGAAGCCUGCAAGUGA